AGACCAAGAUUGGGUAACAGUCCAUCAGAAGUGCUGCUGAAAGCUCUAGCAGAUGUCAUCUCAACACUGUUCAGUCUCUUUUGCUUCACCAAACAGAAUGUCUCUCAUUUACGCACAUCAUGUCAGGAGAUCCUGAUAUGGUUCCUGUCUCACUCAGAGCACUCGGUUGCUCUUUCGCAGCUGAAACAUCUGUGUGGACUGCUGGGAGAAGUGAGUGGAGUCAGACAUGGCUUUCAGUUCUCACCUGGCAGUGAAGGAGGGGCCAUACUUACAGUCAGAGAGCUUAUCAGUGAUGAAGAUGACGCUCUGUAUGAGAAGGUCUCAGGUGAGCAGUGGAGAGUGCAGUGUCUGGUACAGUUAUUGGGAGAGAUGAAGGACAGUGACCUGCCUGGAGAGUUUUUUCUACUGCUGCUGCAGGAUUUAACGGCUGUGGCUGCUGAGCAGGAGGAGGUUGAGCAGGAAGUGGACACCUCAUCUAUGACCCUGCUGGAGUUAGAGCAGCACCUGCUGGGGCGUGUGAGUGGACAUGGACAGAGACUGGCUCUGCUGCAGGUGUUGGCCAUCAUGUGUGACGGUCUUCCAUACACACAGCUGCUCCGCAAGCCCACUCAGGUGGUUGGGUUUAUAGUAUCCAUGCUGCAGAGGGCAUGUGUUAGUCUGGAGCGUGGCACUGACAGCCCAGUGGAGAGUCAGACUCUCCGUAUGGGAAUGGGGCUUGUGGCCACUCUACUUUCUGGAGCUACUGAGCUCACUGCAGAUGAUUAUUCAUCAAUGGGUGAACUGUUGCCCCACCUUGAGCAGAUUUCCCAGCAGCACCCAAAGCCCUUCAUCCAGGAGCUGGCGUCUGAUCUGAGAGCCACUAUUGUCACACAUGGGGCUUAUCACCCUAAAACUGUCCUCAAAACAGCCACCCAGCACAGUACUGCCCAAAGUCCUGCUCAACCUGCGGGCCACAGUUCAAACUCCCUCCCAGCUUGUACACAGUCAUCUAGAUUUCCUUCCAGACAACAGGACCACUCAAAACCAAUCUCACAUCCCAAACAUACAACAGACUCUGGUGCAACACCUAAAGUUAAUGACAUUCAGACAACUGGAGGAAUACCCAAUUAUGGUAUUUCUGAACCCUCAUCCAGUAAAGCUUUCUCUGAGUGCCUGUUGGAGGCCUGUGACCUGGAUGUGCCCACUCGAGCUGUCGCUCUGCGUUCACUGACCCGCUCUGUUAGAGAUGGAGACAAAGAGGCAUUGCAGAACAAGGACAAACUACUAACACUCUUUCUGGAAAACCUGGAACAUGAAGACUCCUUUGUGUAUCUGUCUGCCAUUCAAGGGUUGGCGGUGUUGGUUGACACUUUUCCUGAACAGAUUCUGCAGAGACUGCUGGGAGAGUAUCAGACCGGGGCGACUGUCAGUUCCCCCGAAAGGGAGCGCGCCCUAGAGACACGCCUCAAAUUGGGCGAGGUUUUAAUGAGAGCCAGCAGGGCCAUGGGUGAUCUUGCUCCACACUAUGGCCGCCCUCUUAUUGGUGUGUUCCUGAGCGGCACACGAGACGAGGACAGUAGUGUGCGUGCCAGCAGCCUCUCUAAUUUGGGUGAACUCUGUCAACGUCUCAACUUUUCCCUCGGACCACUGGCACAAGAGCUGAGCACGUGUCUCACCGCCCUGAUAAAGACGGACAAAGAAGCAGAGGUUCGAAGAGCUGUGGUCCACGUCAUUGCUCUUGUUCUUAGGGGCCUUAGUGAUAAAACCACUCAGGUUCUUGGGGAUGUUUUAUUGGAGCUGUAUCGGGCUCUGAAGUGGGUGGUGCGGUCGGAUCCAGAUGAGGUGGCCGUACUCCACGCUCAACUUGCUCUGGAGGAGCUGGAUGAUGUCAUGAGGAGGUUCAUCUUCCCUCAGCAGAAACUGGAGAAAAGGAUUGUGGUACUUCCUUGAAAGUGCUCCAGGACUUACAUAGCCUUGCUAUAGACAGAGGAUUUUGUCUUAGAUUUCCACCAUCCAUUAAAUUUAUACUUGUAGUAAUUGAAAGAUUUAUUCAUUUCAGGGUUUUUCUUUCUUAUAAUCAUUUUUCACAGCUAUAUUUUCAUUCUCAAGCCAAAAAACCUGUCUUAGCAUUGAUAAACUAGCAUUGUGGCUUUUGUUAUCUUGUACAUUGAGGUUAGAGGGCACCACAAGCUAUACAUCUGUGUAAAGAGCUCUGCGGUAGCUGGUUUCCUCUCUAUUCUGCACUGGUGAUAAAAUGCCUGUUUGCUUUUUAUCGAAUGUUUGUGGAACAUAUAAAGAUGGCUAGGUCGUGACAUCAUUGUAAGAUACGACAGGGCAAUUAGUCAUUCUCUUAAAUUUUCCCCCUGUGCACAAUACUGAAACUUUCCAUUCAUGUUAACCGUCUCUAUGGCUGCCUGACCUCUUGGGUCUGCACCAAAGCAGAGCUGGUUAAAUACCAUGUAAAUACCAAUUUUAGCAUUUAUGCUAACUCAAAAUGUUAGUUUGGUAAUGAGGUGCCUCUGGAAUAAAAUAA